AGGUCUUCUUGAGCUCCGUGUUCGCCAUCUCGUGGUUCAUACAUUGUGUGUACGCGGGUGCCGUCUGGAUUGAAAUUACGCUUGUGGUGCCGCCUGGCAACCCUGUGGCCGCCAGUAGCUUGGUUACUAUUUCGCGAAUCCGCCGCUAUUGUAGACGUCGUGGCAGCCGUCUCUGGUCAGCCGCUCGAGCACUCACGGAUUCGAGCGUUUUUUUUUCAAAUCGUCGUCUGAGUUCUCAUCAGAUUUUUUCUUGUCAUCACACAAACCCGUCCCUCAAUGGCGGACAAGAAGCCCAAGGGAAUCAAGGUAUUGGCUAAAAAAAAAGAAAGCCAUGUGAAAAGGACUCCAGACGAUCUGUCCACCGCUAUUCUGAAGACCAAGGACAAGCCUAAUCGUUUGCUUGUGGACGAAGGCGUCGGAGAUGACAACUCCGUUGUGCAUCUUUCGCAGUCCAAAAUGGACGAACUCAACCUCUUCAGAGGUGACACUGUUCUCCUCAAGGGACGGAAACGACGUGAAACAGUCGCAAUUGUCAUUUCGGAUGAUAGCUGCCCGAACGAAAAGAUUCAUAUGAAUCGAUGUGUUCGCAAUAAUCUGCGCGUUCGUCUCGGCGACGUGAUAACGGUUCACUCCUGUCCGGACAUCAAGUAUGGUAAACGUAUACACGUACUGCCAAUCGACGAUACCGUGGAAGGUCUUACUGGCAGUCUAUUCGAUGUCUACCUUAAGCCCUAUUUUCUCGAAGCGUAUCGCCCUAUCCACAAAGGAGACUUGUUUCUUGUCCGUGGCGGUAUGCGUGCUGUCGAAUUCAAAGUCGUUGAGACAGAUCCAGCUGGCUAUUGUAUUGUCGCGCCGGAUACAGUCAUACAUUGUGAAGGUGAUCCGAUCAAGCGUGAGGAAGAGGAGGAAAGUCUAAAUGAAAUCGGCUACGACGAUAUAGGUGGAUGCCGCAAACAGCUUGCGUUAAUUAAAGAAAUGGUCGAACUGCCUCUGCGUCAUCCUUCGCUGUUCAAGGCGAUCGGUGUCAAACCUCCACGAGGCAUCCUGUUGUACGGACCGCCAGGAACUGGUAAAACGCUGAUUGCGCGUGCAGUAGCUAACGAAACUGGCGCGUUUUUCUUUUUGAUUAAUGGACCAGAGAUUAUGUCGAAAUUGGCAGGGGAGUCUGAAUCUAAUCUCCGCAAGGCGUUUGAGGAAGCAGAAAAGAACGCUCCGGCUAUCAUUUUCAUCGACGAAAUUGACGCCAUCGCUCCUAAACGAGAGAAGACGCACGGUGAGGUCGAGCGCCGAAUCGUGUCGCAACUCCUCACGCUGAUGGACGGCUUGAAACAACGAGCUCAUGUGAUCGUCAUGGCGGCUACUAACAGACCAAACUCAAUCGAUCCGGCACUUCGUCGUUUUGGCCGUUUUGAUCGAGAGGUCGAUAUUGGUAUUCCGGAUGCCACCGGACGUCUUGAAGUGCUUCGUAUUCACACAAAGAACAUGCGGCUGGCCGACGAUGUCGACCUUGAGAAGAUCGCGGCGGAGACGCAUGGUUUUGUAGGCGCGGAUUUGGCUGCGUUAUGCUCUGAGGCGGCGUUGCAACAGAUUCGGGAGAAGAUGGAUCUUAUCGAUCUCGAAGAUGAUCAAAUUGAUGCGGAGGUACUGAACUCCCUGGCCGUGUCCAUGGACAACUUCCGCUGGGCCAUGGGCAAAUCGUCGCCAUCGGCUCUACGCGAGACCGUUGUGGAGGUGCCGAACGUCACCUGGGCCGAUAUUGGUGGUCUGGAGGGUGUUAAACAAGAAUUGCAAGAGAUGAUUCAGUACCCGGUAGAGCAUCCCGACAAGUUUCUCAAGUUCGGUAUGUCCCCAUCAAAGGGUGUACUGUUUUAUGGCCCGCCAGGUUGCGGUAAGACAUUGCUGGCAAAGGCGAUUGCCAACGAAUGCCAAGCCAACUUCAUAUCGAUCAAGGGACCCGAACUCCUGUCCAUGUGGUUUGGUGAGUCAGAAUCAAAUGUUAGAGAUAUCUUCGACAAGGCUCGUGCAGCUGCUCCUUGUGUGUUAUUCUUCGAUGAAUUGGAUUCAAUCGCAAAAUCGCGUGGAGCUUCUGUAGGUGAUGCCGGUGGUGCAGCCGACCGAGUCAUUAACCAAAUCCUUACAGAAAUGGAUGGUAUGGGCACCAAAAAAAAUGUGUUUAUCAUUGGCGCUACUAACCGGCCCGAUAUUAUUGAUCCCGCUAUCCUCCGUCCGGGCCGUCUCGAUCAGCUAAUCUAUAUUCCGCUACCUGACGAGAAGUCCCGUAUGCAAGUGUUCAAGGCGUCUUUGCGUAAGUCACCGGUCGCCAAAGACGUCGACCUCAACUUUUUGUCAAAAAUCACAGCUGGUUUCUCUGGAGCCGACAUUACCGAAAUUUGCCAACGGGCAGCAAAGAUGGCUAUCCGCGAAUGCAUCGAAAAGGAAAUCCGACGUGAAAAAGAGCGUGCAGCUGCUGGCAGUGCCAAUGCCAUGGAAAUGGACGACGACCCUGUGCCGGAAAUACGAAAAGACCACUUUGAGGAAUCGAUGAAGUUCGCCCGGAAGUCAGUCAAUGAGAAUGAUGUGCGCAAAUACGAGAUGUUCGCGCAAACGCUCCAGCAAUCGCGCGGUUUUGGAAACAACUUCCGUUUCCCUCCGAGCACCACGCCAGGAGCGGCAGCAGGCGGUGGUCAACCUAAUCAGGAAGAAGACGAUGACCUGUACAAUUAAGAAAGCACAGUCCAUGAAACAUGGGAGUUUUUUGGGAGUUAUAAUAUAAGGCGUAGAAGUAUCGUACGGAAGGAAGUCGACGACGAUGAUGAAGUAGCACGAUACAGCGAAAAGCAGACGAUAAAUAUUAUAUAAAAAGCAAAGAAAUGAUAAUAAAAAUAAAUGCGCUGACAGGUAACGCGCUCAUGGCGUUCGGACAGCCACGGAUAAGAUAGGUAGAGAGAAAUGUGUUUCGCUUCUACCAUUUUACGAAUGGUGUGUUGAUGGUAGAGGAUGACGAAGAUACAAGUAACGUACUGAUUAAAUACGAAGAAACGUAAUAAUAAUAAAAAUAAUAGUAAUAAAUUAAUAAAAUGAAUAAACGAUGAAAAGGUUACGAAAAUUAUGGAAACUCACAAAUAGUAAUAUAGUGUGCGCUGUUAUUUUCAGUAGUCAUGUUCAAAAACGGCCCCGUGCAAGGGACAGAUAAUGACCUAUAAUAAAUAUGAAAAAUCUCGCCAGGCACUAAAAAUUAGCGUAACACUCAGAGAGCUAUAAGGUACGACGAAAAAUAAGCGUUCAUUCGUUUGAUUAUACAUCGGUAUUGCUGAGGUUCCAAGGAGCAAACUAAAGUCUUUUAAAAAACUAAAAUCUUUUAUCCACACAAAUUGUGAAGUUAGUUUUUUUUC